UAAAUAUAACUCGGCUUUUGCAAGUAAGACCUCACAAGUCACAGAGACAAAAGUUCUGGAGACGCGGCAAACAUAGAGUGAAGAAACAUACACCUCAAAAGCGUAAGACACAAGCCAAAACAAGAAGAAAAAUACAUUUUCAGAUUUCUCCUACAAAUCAAACAGAAUAUGGUGUCUCAAAAGCUAGAGAUCUGCAUCGAAUUAGUGAAGAUUGGCGUCGUUUUCGUAACCACCGUGGCUGAAUCAGUAGAAAAAGCUUUCCGUAAACCUCCACCGGCGCUUCCUGCAGUUCAUGAUGGUCACCGAAAUAUUUACGCUGAUGUUCCCAUUCCUCUUGUUGGAUUCAUGUGAUGAGUUUUUUUUUCUUGAGUUUUGGCCUCGUUUAAGUUAGUAGCUCUCGUGCCAUGUGGCGUUUUGGAAGUUGCUGAUUUGUGUAUAAAUGAAUUGUGAAGAAGAGUUACAGAUGAAUCAAAUCAU